CUACAACAACUACAAAAUUCAGCUGCUACAAACCUUUCGAUACUCACUCACCAACCUACCUUCCCAACACCAGAAAGCAAAACAACUACCGCCCAAAUAGUACUUGAACUUCAUAAUGCCCAACUUACAUUACACAAUGAUAGCAACAUCUGGCCUAUACCAAUGAACCAAACAGGAACCUCUAUCAAUAAUAUGUUAUACUCCAACUCAAAAGCCUCAGUUAUAAAAGGAAAACUAAAUACGCAUCACAUCUACUUUAUUAAACAAUUAACUAACCAUUCUCAUACACAGUUCCUAACCUGGCAGGAAUCACACCAUAACACACAAAGAAUACCUAGGGGCAGACAACCAAAGUGGUAUAAUACCCUUCUAAAUGAUAUCACUGCAGCAGAAAAUAUCCAUAAACAGCUCGUCCAACCCAAUCCCUUUACUGCACAACCUUUAAACAAUCAACAUAUUGCUUGGGUCUAUAACCCACGACUCCAGAUCUUUGGAAAAUUUUCAAGGGGAAAAAAUCAAACUAUCACCUUUCGACACUGGAAACAAUCACCAAAUAACCCCCACCGACUAACCAAAUGCAUGGGAUGCGGACUCAGUCCCUCAAAUCAACAAUACUGCUACCUUAAAGACCCUGUGCAAAACUUAAUACACAUACAA